CUGACACACACUGCACUGGACUAAGAAGAUAUUCAGAAAUGUAAAGGAAAAAUAUCAAAUGAGUUGAUACUGAAAGACUCCAUGGACCUUCAGCUAUGAUACACAAAUGGAAUGCAGCUCACCACUGGUAGUGAACAACCCAGAGGUCCAAUGGCUUAUUCACCCCAUGGUUGGUGGUCUAUCCUCAUUGGCAUCACUUUGCUGUGUGCCAUAGGGUCUAGUAGAGCUGAUAAGCCAUGUACUGCAUCAUCCAGCAUUGGGGACCUGGUCCUUCUGGGUUCCAGCUUCCAGGUGUUCUGUACCUAUCAGGCCAGCUGCAGAGCUUCCAAAUCAAUGCACAUCGACAAGAAGAAAAUAGACAAAAUACAGCACUACAACUCUACAACUCUAUUCCUCAACGUGACAAACAUAAGUAAAAACACAACGUACACCUGCCUGUGUGAAGGAGAACCUGAGCCUUGUGGACUCGACAUUGAUACUGGAUACCCACCUGACCUGCCAGAAAAUGUAACCUGUGUCCAGAAAGGUGAAUUUGGAGAGGUGAUGUGUACAUGGAGAAGAGGAAGGGAAACUCACCUGACAACCACUUCAGAGCUCUGGGUGAGAGCUGUGUUUGGUAACAGAACAGCAGGAUCUGUAUCCUACCCUGGUUCUGGUUCCAGGUCUGAUCCUGGUCUAGUCUCAGCUAAUUUCCCUGUGUCUGGUUCUGUCCAGACUGAAUACUCCGUAUGGGCCAGCUCCUCCAACAAGCUGGGCUCUGCUGUGUCCACCACCCUCAACUUCACACUCGACCACAUUGUGCAGCCCUUUCCCCCUGCUGUGUCCCAGGUAGAGUGCUGGUCGCUGGGCUGUAAUGUCAGGGUGGAGGGAGCUCAGUUCCUGGAGGUCCAGCAGAGAACCGCCCAGGGACCAGGACCAUGGAUAUUACACCCACACACCGCAGGUUCAGUGUGGAACCAGUCCAUUGUGUCUCUGCAGCCCUACACGAAGUAUGAGUUCCAGGCCAGGGUCAAACUGAGCCAUAGGAGAGGCAUCUGGAGUGACUGGAGCCAACCCGUCUCUAACUGGACACAGGAGGAGGCACCUGCCAAGGCCCUGGAUGUGUGGUACACAACCUCCAACUCUCCCAACAACUCCAUCACUUUACACUGGAAGAUGCUGAGUCACACAGAGGCCAGAGGGAAGAUCAGGGGUUACAAGGUGAUAGUUAACGACACCCUGGCAGGGAAAUCUGAGAGCAACACCUCCAUUAAUCAUAUUUCAGGCCUGUCCUGCUCUCGCUGUGAUGUCACUGUCUACGCCCUGAACUCCAGAGGUUCCUCACCCCCUGCCCAUGUCACCAUUCCCCUCAGAGCAGCCCAGCCCCCUCAGAAUGUGAUGUGUAGAAAUCACAGUAACAACAGCGUCACCAUCUCCUGGCGGAGGCCUGUUACUGCAGGAGCAGCCAGUGGGACAGGGGAUGGGGCAGUAAGUGGCUACCUGCUGGAAUGGUUCCCUGUUGGAAGACAGGUGGAGAAGCUCAGGUGGAAGAGACUGGGUCCUAAUGAAACCCAUACUGUCAUUAGAGAUAACAUUAAGCCGUUUGAGUGCUAUGAGGGAGCAGUUUAUGCUCUGUAUGAGCAGGCAGUGGGCAGGGCCCAGUUUGAAGACUUCUACACCUUGGAAUUAGUGCCUUCCGCGGGUCCGUCUGUCCAUCAGCCGGUGGUGGAGGGGGACAAAGUGACAGUUUCCUGGUCAGAGGUCCCUCAGGAACACAGGGGUGGCUGUGUCAUCAACUACACCAUCUAUGUGGAAAACUCAGAGGGAAAAGACGUCGGAAACUACGUCUGCAGAGCAUCAGAGAGGUCCUUCACCAUCAGGGACCUUCCCCCUGACUACUACCGUCUAUGGGUGGCCGCAUCGACUGCCUCAGGACAGGGCCCCAGAGCCAAACACUCCUUCUUCAUCAAACCUCAAAGUUUGCUUUCAGACAGCUGGCUUUAUACCAUGGUCCUGGUAGGGAUCACCUCCUUCCUGGUGUUCUUUGUCCUGCUGUGCCUGUACCAGGUCUCCUCGCUACGACGACGAGUCUCAACACUCGUCCACUGCCUCAUGCCAGAUAUCGUCCCUGAUCCUGCCAACAGCAAAUGGGCAAAGGAGUGUGCCAAAGAGAAGGGUGAGUUGACCCUACACCUCUACCUCAGUGAGUCUAGUGUCAGUGAAGAGGAGGAGCCAGACACUGUGGAGGUCCAGGAGCUGCCUGAGGGCAGUUGGAGCUCAUGGAACCCAGCACAGCGCACUGAUAUCUCCGGAACUCCAGAGGGUGCUAUUCACCCCUCCUUACACCUCCUCUUCAUGCCCCAGCAGAUCCCUGCGACAGACCCGUCAACAACAGCCUACUUCCAGAGCUCCUACCUCAAGAGCUUCUCCCAGGAGUCAGGCUCCUCAGGCCAGACACAGGAUUCCCAGGGAACAGAUAUGACUGUAGACUACAUCUCAACACACGUCCUAGAGGGCAGAGAGGAGAAGGAAGAGGAAGGUCUGGAUGUGAUGGGAUUCUUCUCCUGUCCGCAGAACCCCCUGAGUCCGUUCAUGAACCCUUUGGUGUCUUUCGGAGGGAAGCUGACUCUGGAUGCGGUCAGGAUCGACUGCAGUGAGUUCUUAGACUGAUGGGUUAGACUGAUGGGUUAGACUGAUAGCCAUAUAAAAUAACCCAAGGAGCAGGCUGUGUGAAGAACCUGUGUAAUCUCAGUGUAUCAUGACUUUGAUUCUCACUAACCAACAAUCAUUAUAAACAGUUAUAUUGCAUUACAGUACAAUAGUACACUAUCUAUCAGAGAUGGGAGACUACAGACCUCGGGGUCCAUAGUGGUGUAACACUUUUUCACCAUAGCAAACACUAAUUGCAUUCUAAACUGAAGAUGUUGAUUUUUGGAGUCAGGUGUAAGCUGGGGCAAAAGUGUGUCAUCAAUCCGGCCCUCGAGGACUGGAGUUGCCCAUCCUAGAUCUAUGUCUUGGAUAACACAAAAGGUCAAUACAAUACAACUCACCUGUCACAUUUCCCCCAGUUUACAGGGACUGUAAGCAAUGAGCUUUUGUGAAAUAAAC